UGAAACUAUACAGAGAAGAUUAGCAUGGCCCCUGCACUAAGGAUGACACAUGCAGUAAGCACAACCACAACUUCCUCACAAUCACCAUGGUACUGACUGCCUAUCUAGAACAAGAUGACUUCGAAAUUUUUGUUUUAUUGUGCUAUUGAGAGCACGAGUCGAUGUAUAGUGUUCUUUUUUUUUCCCCUCAAACGCAACAUCCAGAAGUGGUGGUGGGAACAAAAUAUUGGGUGGCGGAGUAGACGCUUAGUGGCGAAUCCAACAAAUCUCGAACGCCGGAGACAGCUUGCAAGGCUCUUCCCCACGUCUGCGACAUCACUGAAAUUGCUUCGUAUCGACACGACUAUUGAUGAUGUUCAAUCUGCCUAUAACAGUGCAAAAAGAGAAUGUGGGAUGGUCUUGGCGAACUUUUAUGAUCACAAACACAAAAGUCGAAAGCGCGUCUCACCUUUCAAGCUUCUUUUCCACAAAUAUAUGUUGCUUGCCUUAACUACGAUCCUUUCGCUUUACACUACAUUUUGAAGAAGGAAUGGAGGCGAGGGCGGAGGCUUUGUAAAGUCCUGAGGCGCUUUUUUUCGAAAGACGA